AUGGAGCCUAUCAGAUCAAAUCCAACACUCUGCGACGAUCUCAUCAGCGAGAUUCUCGUACGCGUGCCAGUGAAAUCCCUAAUUCAGUUCCAACUAGUCUCCAAAACCUGGCUUUCCCUAAUCAAAGACCCGGUCUUCGUCAAAGCCCAACUCCGCCGAGCAAUCAGAAGCGGAACUGAUGAAACUCUUAUGCUUGUCCGCUAUUCAUGUUCCACUUCGACGGAAAGUGCUAAGCUGAAGUUAUCACUCUUUGACGUUGACUCUCGUCAAAUUGUGUCCGAAACUAGGUAUCCAUAUUCUCAAGGUGAGUCUAGAUCCGUGCCUCGUUUAACACUUGUUGGUUCUGCUAAUGGCAUUGUUUGUUUGGUUCUCUUCGAAACUUCACGCCUAAUUAAUAGAUUCUUUCUGUGGAAUCCUGCUACUAGACAAUCAUUAAGAGUUGUUCCUGGUAGGGGCUUGAGUAAACCCCGCGCUCUAGGUUUUGGUUAUGAUCCAGUAGAUGGGGAUUAUAAGAUUGUUAGGGUUGUAUCAGGGCCUUGUCUUCCAACUGAGGUGUUUUCAGCUAAUAGGAAUGUAUGGCGAGAAGUUCCUGAUCCGAUUGACAGCCCUGAUCAUGACUUCUUAAGUGGCCAUUUCCAUGUGUGUGUGAAUGGAUUUUUAUGUGGUAUUGACAAGGGCGUAGGGAUGAUGGUGUUUGAUUUGAACAAGGAGGUCAUGAAUUGUGCUAUUAAGCUCCCUGUUGUUGCUGCUGGCGGUAUUGGUGUUGUUGGUGAUAAUGAUGAUGACUAUGAUGAGGAGUAUUAUGAUGCUCAGCCUGAAACUCAUAUUAUUGAGCUUGAUAAGUCUAUUGCUGUCAUUACGUUGUGGGCUGAUGCAUUGAAUGUAACAUCCCAGAUUUUCAGAAUUAGUUUAUUAAUAUAG